GCUUGCCUGUGUUUAUCUUCCUCCACAUUCUCACGAGUCACGACUCACGAGAAAGCGAGCUCAGUGUAACUAUACGAAUUAGAGGGUUUAUAUAUAUAUAUAAUCUACAGGAGGAGGAUUUUCUUUGAUUGGUGAAUCCGUCCGCCUUUUUGCUCGAUCGAAUCGGAUGGCUUCGUCGACGAUGCUCUCCACUGGCCGCUACUCGCCGGCGGCCUUCAUGGGGAACCCCAAGAAGCUUGGACCUUCUGCUGGAAGGAGAGGCAGAGAUUUUUUUCUCAAGGGAAAGAAUUUUGGCCGUGUGAGAAUGACUGUUGCGGUCAAUGUUUCUCGUUUUGAAGGUGUUUCUAUGGCUCCUCCAGAUCCAAUUCUAGGAGUUUCUGAGGCCUUCAGAGCUGAUACAAGUGAUGUGAAACUAAAUCUUGGCGUGGGAGCUUAUCGAACAGAAGAACUGCAACCAUAUGUGCUUAAUGUGGUCAAGAAGGCAGAAAACCUUAUGCUGGAGAGAGGAGAAAAUAAAGAGUAUCUUCCAAUUGAAGGUUUGGCUGCUUUUAACAAAGUCACUGCAGAAUUGUUGUUUGGAGCAGAUAGUCCUGUUAUCCAGCAAGGACGAGUUGCCACUGUGCAAAGUCUUUCAGGGACUGGUUCACUUCGUCUUGCUGCAGCAUUCAUACAAAGAUAUUUCCCUGAUGCUAAAGUUUUGAUUUCUUCUCCUAGUUGGGGAAACCACAAAAACAUUUUCAACGAUGCCAGGGUUCCUUGGGCAGAGUAUCGAUAUUAUGAUCCUAGAACUGUGGGUUUAGAUUUUGAAGGCAUGCUAGAAGAUAUAGAGGCUGCACAAGAUGGAUCUUUUAUUCUUUUGCAUGGUUGUGCUCAUAAUCCAACUGGAAUAGACCCAACUCCUGAGCAGUGGGCAAAAAUUGCGGAUCUGAUCGAGGAGAAGAACCACAUUCCUUUCUUUGACGUUGCUUACCAGGGAUUUGCUAGUGGGAGUCUUGAUGCAGAUGCAUCAUCCGUUAGAACAUUUGCUUCGCGCGGUCUCGAGCUAUUUGUUGCUCAAUCUUACAGUAAAAACCUUGGGUUAUAUUCAGAGAGAAUUGGAGCUAUCAAUGUUGUUUGCUCCUCCCCGGAUGCAGCAGCCAGGGUGAAGAGCCAGCUGAAAAGGAUUGCAAGGCCAAUGUAUUCGAACCCUCCUGUUCACGGUGCUAGAAUUGUUGCCAAUGUUGUCGGUGACCCAAAUCUUUUCAAUGAGUGGAAACAAGAAAUGGAGCUCAUGGCCGGGCGCAUAAAGAAUGUUAGAAAAAGACUCUUUGACAAUCUCUCUGAGAAAGACAAUAAUGAGAAGGAUUGGUCUUUCAUUCUCAGACAAAUUGGCAUGUUUUCUUACACUGGCUUGAACAAGGCACAGAGUGACAAUAUGACAGACAAGUGGCAUGUGUAUAUGACCAAAGAUGGAAGAAUAUCUUUGGCCGGUUUGUCUCUUGCCAAGUGUGAAUAUCUUGCUCAGGCCAUUAUUGACUCAUUCUACAAGGUUAGUUGAGGGUGUUCAACAUCUAAGUAAGCCUUCGUUUAUGACAGAUAUUUUUAUUAUUUUUUAAAAUAAUUUUUUAGUAUAAAAUAAUAAAAAAUUUGUACUAAAAAAUUACUUUAAAAAUCAAUAAGAAAGCUAUUUCAAACAAAGCCUUCGCAUUUGGGAUGGUUUUCUUACUGCUUAAAGCAACUUUUUUUACAGAAAAAUUUAAUUUCUGUAUUAAUUCAGGUUCAUUAGGAGAAAUAAAGUGUUUUGCCACAUGGUUGUGAAAAA